UCACCAAACGCUUUUUGUAUUGAUUUUAAAAGCGUUUAGCAGACCAUAAAAUGAUGAAUGUCAUUUUUUGAGAUUUUUUGAUAGUUUUCCUGAAUAAAAUGUUUUCUCGAAUUCUCCAACAGUCUUUGAAGACUGGAGCCCCGUUACAGCUGUUGGAAUCCCUGACAGUGCCAUCCACAUGCAGCUUGUGUCGUUUUAUGAGCUCUACAGUUGAAGAAAUUUUAAACAGAACAGACAGAUUGCAUCACCAAGCAGAGGACUGUGAUACAAGAAAAACAUAUAAAACAAUCAUGCAAAAUGUCCCACAGCCAGUUGUUGUUGUGACAUCAGGGUAUCAUGAAGAUGGUGUGUGGCACAAGCGAGGAAUGACUUGUACAUCUUUCACUAGUGUUUCAUUCUCUCCACCAAUUGUAUCUAUAUGUCUAAAAAUUCCAAGUAAAUUUCAUGAUAUUGUAAACAGAACAAAACAUUUUGCCAUCCACACACUGGCUAACCACCAGGUGAGCUAUGGGAUGACAUUUGCCCAGUCUAUACCAGGUGUAAACCAGUUUGAACAAAUAGCGCACCACGACAGUGAACAUGUUCCGGGUGUUCCUGUACUUCUAGGAUGCUGUGCAGUUAUGGAGUGUAGGGCAGACUCUGUACACGCUAUAGGUGACCAUAAUGUAUGGUACGGACACAUAUAUGAUGCACAUAUAGAUGAUAAUGUGUCACAUCCAAUGUUAUAUCAAUCAAGGUCAUUUCGAUCAGUUGGAGAUGAGAUUUUUAUACAGUCAUUUGAAGAUGCCACACUUCCUUUUGAGAACUGGACUCACGAGGCUCAUAUAAGAAUGGCCUGGAACUAUAUUACAGAAAAUGGACGGGACAAAGCUAUUCCAAUGAUAAGGGAUGGAAUUCAACAUUACAACGAGAUUCACAAAGAUCAGAUCAAGACGGGUUACCAUGAGACUAUAACAAUGUUCUACAGUUUUGUUAUUGCCGAUGCUAUAGAGAACACAAAAGAUGCACCAACGUUUGAAUCAUUUCUAAAGGCAAAUGGACAUUUAUUAGACAGGAGCCUUAUGUACAAAUAUUACAGCAGGGAAAGAUUUGGUGAUCCUGAUGCAAAACAAAAGUUUGUGUUACCAGAUAAGCAGGUGUUACCAGGAAUGUGAAAUGGUCGUAUUAAAUAUUAAACAGGCUGUGACAGAACACUUUUCCAAACUCUAUACAGGACCAUGUUUAAAUAAAUAUUGAGUGAAUGAUGUUACAAUUAGAGAUAAUGGAGAAUUGAUACCUUUUGCUGGAUGAAGUAUAUUUUCAGCAGUAAAUUGACAAGUAUUACAUUUAGAGGAAGAUAUAAAUCAGAAUGAUCAGUAUUUGUUAAGUAAUUACAGUGAAUACGGUAUUUUUCAUGAAAUACAAUGUAUUCUUCUUGGAAUUUAAAACUCAAAUUGAUGCAUUGAAGUCUGUUUUAUGAUUGUUAAGGUUUAUUUUCUGUAUCAUAUAUGAGCCGUGCCAUGAGAAAACCAACAUAGUGGGUAUGCGACCAGCAAGGAUCCAGACCAGCCUGCGCAUCCGCGCAGUCUGGUCAGGAUCCAUGCUGUUCGCUUUCAAAGCCUAUUACAAUUAGAGAAACCGUUAGCGAACAGCAUGGAUCCUGACCAGACUGCGCGGAUGCGCAGGCUGGUCUGGAUCCUUGCUGGUCGCAUACCCACUAUGUUGGUUUUCCCAUGGCACGGCUCAAUUAUAAGCCUGAUGUUGUGUGUGUUACAGUAUUCCUGGAUUAGAAAGAAUAAGGAUUCAUGAGAAAAAAUGGUUAUUUUCAAGGAGGCAGAGAUAGAGUAUGAUAGAAAGCCAGGUUUCCUUGAAGCCAUGAUACAAAUAUAUAUUAUUCAAACAUACUGCAUUUUCUCUUUUAUGAUUAUUAGCACACUGAGAUAAUCUUUAACUGAGGCAAAAUCUAUAUUGUAAAUAAUAAGUUUUAAUAGAAUGUCCACUCUGAAAGGUGAACAUAGACCUAUACAUCUAAAGCACAUUGAUUUUGUAAUCUUAAUGUAAUUAAUUACAUUUAAAACCAAAGUAAUUGUAAUGUAAAUGACAUUACGCUUUAAUCGUGCUUAGGUCUGGUUUGUAUAAGUAUUAUGUGUAAAUGGUUAUUGUUGUCAUGCUUUAUUUGGAUUAUACAUUGUCUUGGUGCAGAUUCAAUUUAAAAAGGGGCUUAAGAAGUGCAUUUGUAAAUUGUGCUACUAGUAUAGCUUCAAUUUUAAACCUCUUUAUUUUUACUUGCCAUGUUUGAAUAUUACAACUUACCAGUACUAUUUUUAGUUAUGAUAUGCCUCAUCUUUUCUUUGUUUUGCUAAAUGCCCGAGAUGCUUUUUAUUUUAUUUGAAUUGCCUUAUUAAACCACAAGAAUGCAUUGUUUAUUUUUCAUGCUUACUUGCUCAUUAAAUCAUGGUGAUAAAAAUCAUGCGGAACUUCAUUCAUUGGAGUGGUAACAACUUACAAGUCAGACAUUAUUUGGCUGUUUGUUGUAAUGUUUUAUCACUGGUCAGUGUGUUAAUUAUUAAUCCCCCGCCGUGGCGGAGGGAUUAUAGGAAUGGUCUCCGUCCGUCCUUCCGUCCGUCCUUCCGUCCGUCCGUUCGUCCGUCCUUCCGUCCGUCCUUCCGUCCGUAACAAAAUCGUGUCCGGUCCAUAUCUCCUAAACCCCUUGAAGGAUUUUCAUGAAACUUGGGUCAAAUGAUCACCUCAUAAAGACGAUGUGCAGAACCCAUGAGUCAGCCUUGUCGGUUCAAGGUCAAGGUCACAACUCAAGGUCAAAGGUUUGAGCCUGCCAUUUUGUGUCCGCUCUAUAUCUCCUAAACCCCUUGAAGGAAUUUUAUAAAACUUGGGUCAAAUGAUCACCUCAUCAAGACGAUGUGCAGAACCCAUGAGUCAGCCAUGCCGGCUCAAGGUCAAGGUCACAACUCAAGGUUAAAGGUUUGAGCCUGCCAUUUUGUGUCCGCUCUAUAUCUCCUAAACCCCUUGAAGGAAUUUUAUAAAACUUGGGUCAAAUGAUCACCUCAUCAAGACGAUGUGCAGAACCCAUGAGUCAGCCAUGCUGUCUCAAGGUCAGGGUCACAACUCAAGGUUAAAGGUUUGAGCCUUCCAUUUUGUGCAGCUCUAUAUCUCUUAAACCCCUUGAAGGAAUUUUAUAAAACUUGGGUCAAAUGAUCACCUCAUCAAGACGAUGUGCAGAACCCAUGAGUCAGUCAUGCCGGCUCAAGGUCAAGGUCACAACUUAGGGUCAAAGGUUUGAACCUUCCAUUUUGUGUCUGCUCUAUAUCUCUUAAACCCCUUGAAGGAUUUUCAUCAAACUUGGGUCAAACGAUCACCUCAUCAAGGCGAUGUGCAGAACUUAUGAGUCAGCCAUGUCGGCUCAAGGUCAAGGUCACAACUUAGGGUCAAAGGUUUGAGCCUUCAAUUUCGUGUCCGCUAUAUAUCUCCUAAACCCCUUGAAGGAAUUUUAUAAAACUUGGGUCAAAUGAUUACCUCAUCAGAACGAUUUGCAGAAAUUAUGAGUCAACCAUGCCAGGUCAAGGUCAAGGUCACAACUAAGGGUCGAAGGUUUGAGCCUUCCAUUUGGUGUCCACUCUGUAUCUCCUUAACCCCUUGAAGGAUUUUCAUCAAACUUGGGUCAAAUGAUCACCUCAUCAAGAACUCAUGAGUCAGCCAUGUCAACUCAAGGUCAAGGUCACAACUGAAGGUCAAAGGUUUCAGCUCUGUAUCUUCUAAACCCCUUGAAGGAUUUUCAUGAAACUUUGGUCAAAUGAUCACCUCAUCAAGACGUUGUGCAGAAUUCAUGAGUCAGCCAUGUCAGUUCAAGGUCAAGGUCACAGCUAAAAUCAAAGGUUUUACCCUUUCACUAUCCAUAGCAGUGGCGGGGGAUUUAGCUGUCUUUCAGACUGCCUUGUUGAUUACAGGUUAUACAAUGAUUGACUUCCUUCUUUGUUUUUCUGACGAAUACAUCAAGCUGUGUCAAAAUUAAGUUUCAUACAUAUCUUGUUAUAUUUUAUGAUGUUUAAAAGCAUAUCUUGUUAGUUUUGUAGUUGGAGCACAACACUGUUUACCAGGAUUUGUUUUAUUCAAUUCUUGGACCAUGUGAAUAUUCUUAUUUUUGGGCCUCUGUGGCCGAGUGCUUAUGGUCGCUGCCCCGCACUGCUAUGGGUUCAAAACAUUGUUUGAAGCGUACAAUUCUUUCAUGUAUGAAAGGCUGCUAGUUGUACCCAGGUGUCUGCUUGUGAUGAAAUAUGUUAUUUAACCCAUGCCUUGCUAAAUUUCUAUAAUAAACUUGUCCAUCUUUCAAUUUGGACAGCACCAUUAUCUGUUAAAAGGGGUGCAUACCAAAAAGAUACUGACUGAAUGGCGAACAGUGCAGGUCAUGAUCAGACUACACAGAUGUGCAGACUGAUCAUGACCUGCACUGGUCGCAAAGGCAGAAUUAGUCAUGUCCAGCAUUAUAAGGGUAUAGUGCUAGUUAGAUAAUCAAUCCUUUUGAAUUUUACCUCACAGAAGAGAAAUCUUUGACUGAUUUUUAUGGAAGCAUUUGAGUUAAAGUGCUAACUUUAUUGCAUUUUAUAUUAAUGUCUGUCUAUACUGAUGGUUUAUAUUCUACCUCAUUAUUUUAUCAUUCGAAAUAAAGGACAAAUAAAUCCUG